AUGGCGAUAGCUUUCGCUGAUUUCCUUGUUAUAUUCACCGGGUGCAUUCUGAACAGGAUCGGUCGCAUUUAUCUUAGGUACACAAUCCUAUCUGCUUUUCCAGUGUGUGCGUUUAGUGCAGUUUUGGUCUACAUCAGCCGUGAUGGAUCAGUCUGGCUGACAGUAGCCUUCACCAUUGAUCGUUUUGUGGCCAUCGCCUGCCCGAGUCUGAGUACCAGAUACUGCACUGAGAAAACUGCAUUGCUCGUCAUAGGCGUGAUCUGCUCCUUGUUCUGCAGCAAGAACAUCCCUCUGUACUUUGUCACUCAACCCUUGGUUAUACUGGAAGGGAUGCCUUGGUUCUGUGGCAUCAAGCCGAUGUUCUACACUUCACCUGCCUGGCAGGCCUACCACUACCUUGACCGUGUCUUGACUCCACUCCUUCCGUUCUUUCUCAUUCUCCUGCUUAACGCCCUCACUGUUCGGCAUAUUUUAGUGGUCAAUGCGGCACGCAGGAGGCUCCGUGGCUCUCUGAACGGUGAAGAUCACGAGAUGGCCAAACGCAAGAGAUCUAUGGUUCUGCUGUACGCCAUCUCCAUCAGCUUUCUACUCCUGUGGGGCACAUAUGUCGGAAGAUUCCUCUACAUUCAGAUUACAGGGAAGGACUACUUUGGUGGCCUAGAUUUCAAUAACCCACAGUACAUUCUCUCAGAGAUGACAAAUAUGCUCCAGUUACUUAGUUCGUGCAACAAUGUCUUCAUCUAUGCGAUAUCUCAGAAUAAGUUCCGAGAGGAAAUGAAGAAGGUGCUAAUGUGUCCUCUUCUCUUAAUCACCAGUUGUUUCAAAUGUCGAAAAACGCAACAGAAAAUCACCACAUAA